ACGGCAGUUGCAGAUAAUGAUUCAAAUGCAGAUAGGCCAUGGAAAACAUCAGAUGCUAGACUUGUUCUUGAAGAUGGUUCCAUAUGGAGGGCCAAAUCAUUUGGUGCUUCCGGAACACAAGUCGGUGAAGUGGUGUUCAACACAUCUUUGACUGGGUAUCAAGAAAUUUUAACGGACCCCAGCUAUGCCGGUCAAUUUGUCUUAAUGACAAACCCUCACAUCGGGAACACGGGUGUAAAUAUUGAUGAUGAAGAGUCCAAUCAAUGCUUCCUAGCUGGCCUGGUGAUCAGAAGCCUAAGUAUCUGCACUUCAAACUGGCGGUGCACAGAAGCUCUUGGUGAUUACUUGGCUAAAAGGAACAUCAUGGGCAUAUAUGACGUGGAUACGCGUGCUAUAACACGGAGAUUAAGGCAAGAUGGGAGCCUUAUUGGUGUCUUGAGCACUGAAAAAUCUCAAACAGAUGAAGAACUAUUAGAAAUGGCGCGUAAAUGGAAAAUUGUUGGUGUGGAUUUGAUUAGUGGCGUCUCAUGCACUGCUCCAUACAAAUGGACUGGGAACACAGGCUCAGAAUGGGAGUUCAGCAAUGGUCAGAACCACGGGGAAACUUUUCAUGUUGUUGCCUAUGAUUUCGGUAUCAAACAUAAUAUCUUAAGGCGCCUGGCAUCUUACGGAUGCAAAAUCACGGUUGUGCCAUCAACAUGGCCUGCUGCAGAAACACUCAAGAUGAAACCUGAUGGAAUUCUAUUUAGCAAUGGCCCUGGAGACCCUGCAGCAGUCCCUUAUGCUGUACAAACAGUAAAGGAUAUAAUUGGUAAAGUCCCAGUUUUUGGAAUUUGCAUGGGUCAUCAGUUGCUUGGGCAAGCAUUGGGGGGCAAGACAUUUAAAAUGAAGUUUGGGCAUCAUGGAGGAAACCAUCCUGUUCAUAAUCUCCGGAAUGGGCGUGUCGAGAUUAGUGCUCAGAACCAUAACUAUGCUGUGGAUCCUGCAACUCUUCCACCUGAUGUUGAAGUAACUCAUGUAAACUUAAAUGACAAUAGCUGUGCUGGUCUUGCCUGCCCCAAGUUAAAUCUCAUUUCUUUGCAGUAUCACCCAGAAUCCUCUCCUGGACCCCAUGACUCUGAUCCUGCUUUUGGAGAAUUCAUCAAGCUGAUGAAGGCAAACAAACUGCAGACAGUAUAAUAGAAACUGAUAGUUGCUAGACUUAUUAGAACUUUUAUGUGAAUCAGCCUUUGAGCAUGACAAGGUUUUCGUACUCAAGCAGGCUUUUAUGAGUCGAUGUAGCUUACUGAGUUGAUCUCCUCAGAGAAUCCUUAUGAAAUAAGAGAGAUCCUUUUUCUACAAGAGGAAGCUCACAUCGAAGUAAUUUUGUGUACUGAAUAGUAAGUAAUAAAGUGUUAGUGUGAAUGGUUUCGGAUUUCUUAACGGUCUAAUCUUAUAUUUAUUGUGCACUGUGCUGAAUGUUUCCUACCAAUUUAUGUUAUCUGGCUCUUCAACAGUUUCUUUUUA